GUGAUCUAUGGAACUUGGUACUUUGUCUACUUGCUAUUAUUUGUUUACAAAACAGGUGAUAUUUGUACAAGAAAACUGGAUAAAGCGACUAGCCAAAAGUGUCACAAUAAGUGUCAUGUUUUGAGGCACCGUGCACAUGGAGUUGAUCAGGUCUCACAUUUCUGCAUGAAGCCAUAAGCUGUCUAGUAACUUUCUACAUAUUGAAGGAAUAACCGACUGAUCUGACCAUGGGAGUUGCAAACUCGAGAGACUAUCAACGCACAAUUUCUGUUGUGCUGAAAAGGCGCAAUGAGCCUCUAAUGAAAGACAAACCUAAAUGGAAAAGUGGCUAUCCAAUGACAGAGAGUCAGCUAUGCAGGAAAAGAGAUGAAUUCUGGGACACGGCCCCAGCCUUUGACGGCCGUAAAGAGAUCUGGGAUGCACUGAAAGCUGCGGCUGUAGCGUUGGAGUGUAAUGACCAUGAGCUAGCACAGGCUAUUAUAGAUGGAGCCAACAUCACACUGCCUCAUGGAUCCCUGAUGGAGUGCUAUGAUGAACUGGGAAACCGGUAUCAGCUUCCUGUAUACUGCUUGGCUGCACCAGUCAACCUUAUCUCUGAGUGCAACGAUUAUAAUGUGUCUGAACACUCUGAGCUACAGGAGAAGAAGGAAACAGAGUUCGAGCUGAAGGUUCGUCUCUCCACCGGCAAAGACAUUCGUCUUGGUGCCAGCAUGGCCAACUCCAUCCGGCAGCUGAAGAAACAGCUUGAGGUUCAAGAAGACAUUGAUGCCACCUGUCAGCGCUGGUUUUUCUCCGGCAAGCUGCUGACAGAUAAAACACGUUUGCAGGAUACCAAGAUUCAGAAAGACUUUGUGAUACAGGUCAUUAUUAAUCAGCCCAUUGUUCCCAACUGAGCUUACAAAAAUGUAAACCAGGAGACAUUAACUGCCAUUGAUUCCAUUGUUUCUGUGUUACAGUAUAGAAAAUGUAUCAGUCUCCCUUAUUUUUUUAUCAAUUUAUGUACUUCUCUUUGGAACGGCACCAUAUCAGGUCCGAGGUUUACUACUAAAUAUUUAUCUCUGAUACAGCCUGGUCUCUGAUUUGUAGAAAUUUGGGGUACAUUGACAAUGUGCAGGAAUAGCUAAUAAUACACUAUUUAUAAUAUUAUUAUUAUUUAUAAUACUUAUUAUAUAGGUUUGGGGAACAUUUUAAUAGAAAACAUUUUUAAUUUAAAUGACAUAGAUUAGAAAUUUGUAUUUAUGCACCCAUUGUUCGUAGCUGUGCUUUAACAGAGUUUCAUAACUUUUUUAAUCUUUUAAAACUUGUUUAUCUAAUAUUGUUGAAAAAUAGCAUUAUUUGUGCAUUAUUUAAUAUUGUUUGUACUAUCAACACUUGACUCGCUUGUUUAUACUGUGGUUAAAACCUAGCCUAUUAUUUUUAUUAAGGCUCCUGUAAUAGCAAAACCCUUAAAAUAUUUUAUACUUUUGUAUUGCAAACAUUCCUGGUAUAAUGAUGACUACCACAUGUGAAAUGGAAUUACAAUCCACAUCAGAGUACCAAUGCAAAUAACAUUUUUUAAAGCUAUCCUUUGAUGAAACAGGCAGUAAAGCUAUAUUUCUGCAAAAUAUAAGCUUCUGUGUUUAUUACCUGAUAUGUUUGGUUUUGUGUAAUGUAAUUUAUUGGAGCACUUUGAGUAAUUCUUAUAAAGAGAGGUUUCUCUGUAUGUUCACUAGAAA